AUGUAUUUUCUUGUAUUAUUUGAACCAACAAAUAAACGUGCGAUUUAUCAAAAUGAUAAUUUAAUGGAAAAAUUAACCGUUAAAGAUUUAUUAGAAUGGAUUUGUAAGCAAUUUCAUUUUGAAAGUAGUACUGGCGAAACAGGCAAUCGACGUUUAUCAUUAAUAUAUAAUAAUACUGAAUUACAAUUACAUUGGUUUCUUCAAGAUGUAAAUAUACGUUUUGGAGCAACGGUUAGAUGUAUGGUUAAAGAAGAUCGUAUACCUGACUAUCGUCUUUUUCUACCAAUUCGAAAUGAAACAUUCGAUGUAUUCGAUUCCACAUUACAUCCAACUGAAACGACUGUUUUUCAAUUACGUGUUGUUGCUAGCCAUAAAUCAGGACUACCAUUAUCAGCUUUUCGUCUGGUUACUGACACACACGAUGAAUUAUUUGAUCAUGUAAGAUUAUCACAAUAUGAUAUAGAUUAUCGUGCAACAUUAACUAUACAAACAUGGAUUGGAUGGUCGGAUUUUUUUACUUAUGCCAUUAAAGGUUAUACAAAAGCUGUAUUGAAAUUAGUUAGUUCUGAUGAACUUGUUCGACAAUAUAUGCUUCAAGUUGCAUUAUAUAUUUCUGCGCAUUAUGGACAUCAGGAUCUGGCUAGAGCUUUACUUCAAUUAGAAGCACGAGCUGAUCGUCCAGUUGGUCAUCAUCCAUCUCGUCAAUGGUGUUCAACAGAUUGUGUACAUCCAGAAUAUUUUCGUUGUCCAAUACAUGAAGCUAUUGCAUCUUUACAAGUUAAUAUCGUUACUUUAUUUGGUUCUCGAGAUGUUUCUAUACUUCAAAAAAAUGAUGGAUACGGUUUAAAACCCUGGCGAUUAGCUUUACGUCAAGAAGUUAGUCAAAAACAAUAUGAUAUAGCAUCAUUUAUUUUAAUCAAACAAUUUGAUGGUGUACGUUUAUCCAAUAAAGUAACUGUACCACAACGUUAUGUUUAUAUAUUUAAACAAUGGGCAGAAAGAGCACGUGAACAUGUUUAUGCUCAACAUGGUCUACAAUGUAGUUCAUUAAAACGUAAACCAUUAAUUAAUCAUGGUGAAUCAUUAUUAGGUUAUAAAGUAUUAGUUGAUGGGUAUAAUAAUGAUUUUCAAGAUUAUUAUUCAACAGCUGAAUAUGCAAAAGAUAAAAUGCGUACAGGAUACGUUAUACUUGAUGAACGAGAAAGAAUUCGGUUGAAAAAUACCGAAAAUUAUAUGAAAAACGUGGCUACUUCAUUGCAAAAUAGAAUAUCAAUAAAUCCAACACCAAUUCAACAAACAAAAGGUAUUACACCAUCAAUUACUACUUCGAGUUCAGGUGGAAUUAGUGUAGGAAAAAAAUUAUGGUCUAAAAUUGCGAGGUUAUAUCGUUUGGAAACUUAUCUUCUUCGAAAUGCAAUUGAUCUUAUUGAAUCAGGUCUUAUUACAGAUGAAAUAAAAUCAAAUCCAACUCGACAUAAUAUUAAUACAACAGUAAGUCGUGUAUCAUCUUCUAUUUCAUCGAGUUCAUCAGCUAAUUCUUAUGUUCCAAUUCGUAUACGUUUAUUUGUUGGACAAUUUCGUUUAAUUAAAGAAAUGAUGUAUAAACCAGAUAAAGAUGGUCGAACAUUACGUCAUUUAAGUGGUGUUGAAUGGGCUAAAGUACGACGUGGACAAAAUAAUGCUUGGCAUACAAAACGUGCUAGUACAGCAGUAAAAUCAAAAAAUAAACAAAAACGAAAUAAAUUAAAUGAAGAAAAGAAAACUAAAACAACUCAAUUACCUGAUAUUCAACGAGCAGAAUCUUCAUCAGCAAAAAUUCCUUUACCUAAAGAACGUCGAAAAAUUGAUUAUCGUUUUAUAUUACGUGGAAAUGAUAAACUUCAUAAAGAAAUAAUGUAUGAGUGGGAAAGAGCAACUCGAUAUACAUUACCAUCAUUAUGUGUUCAAAGUUUAACUGAAGCGAGUAAGUUUCAACGAAAAUCCUGGAUACGUCAAGUUAAUAUAGCCAUGCAAUUUGCUACGAAUCAUAGUCGACGAACAUUUAAAACAUUUGUUUAA